AUGGCGCAAUCUUCCCAUCGAACUCUGCAAGCCUCAGGAGCCUCCUCCCUGUCUCAGUCCCUUGGGCAGGUUGCAACACGCCCUCCAGCAGCAGUCGAGACACUUGUCUCCUAUCUAGUGGCUGCCAAAAGAUCCUUGGCCAGCAUUCCCCUUGUUCACAGGGCCACAACCAUCCUGUCCGAAGCACGUGCCUCUGUCGAAUCCACAACGGCCCUCCUUGCAAAGUCUGCCUAUCUUCGACGUGCUUUGGCUGCGCAGCUAAAAAUCCUGCGUGGUAUUCAAUUUGAGUUGGAAGCUGCUGCCCACACCACUCAGUCUGAGUUUCAAAAUGUCAUCAAAGAGCUGGACCAUACCGAUGCAAGACUUCUACAGUGCAUAGACCUCUUAAAGCAAACUCAAAUCGAGGAGGCUUUCAAUGCUUAUGCCGAGCUGGAAGUUGCAUCCGGUGCGGCGAAGAAGACGUUGCAUGACUUCGUCGACGACAAGGGUGUUGAGAACAUCCAAGUGGCUAUGAAAGUAGCCAUUGACAAUGUGCAAAACGCCCAGCACGAAAUGAACCAGUCCAUUCAGACUCUCGAGGAAGACUUGCAGUCUGUUAAUGAAGUUCUCAACAACCGGGUGGAGACUUCUGGUACAGAGAGCGAACUGCAAUUUCCUACCAUCCCUAAGGUGCUAUCAUUACUUGAAAACAAUGCCAGAGAGAUGGCCCACGGGCUGGAAAGCUUGGCCACGCACUUUGACAACUGCGUCAGGGCUAUCAAGCACACGGAAGGAGGUGGAGAAGCUAUCGCCCAGACUAUGAGUGCAGAAGGCUUGCCGGAUGCAGUUGGUACGGAUAUACAUGCACUUCAAGACCCAGCACAGCCUAUGAGCGAGGAGGAGCUCAUUGAACUACUUGAAGUGGUCGAAGGGGACGCUGCCGAAGUCGAUGAGGUCGUCAUGGAGCUUCAAGACCGCAACGCCGAGAUGGAGACUCAACUGGAGAAGGUAAGCCAAUGGCGAGAACGGCAAGAAACUGCCCACAACGAUGUCGCGACAGCCUUCAGACUGGUCGAGAAGAUUGGUGGACGUCUCUCUGGAUACGUCGCGGAAGUAGCGCGGCAUUCCAUGCGAUGGAUUGAAGAGAGAGCCAAGAUCGAAGACGGAAUUGGUGGGAUGGAAGAGCUAUGUGACCAUUAUGCCAACUUCCUGCACGCCUACGACGGCCUGAUUGUCGAAGUUGCCCGGCGUAAGACAGUCAAAAAGCAAAUGGAACGGGUGAUUGCCGAGGCUCACGAGAAGCUGGGGCAACUAUACGAUCAAGAUCGAGCACAGCGUUUAGAGUUCAAGAAUGACCAGGGAGAGUUUCUCCCAAGUGAUAUAUGGCAUGGUGUCAAUGCCCUGCCUCCCAGGUAUGUGAUUUCAAAAUCCGAUGACGACAUUGCUGCUGGAGGAGCAAUCAGCGUACCAGAUCUGCCGAGGAAGACUGUAGAAGAUGCACUGAAACGCCUCAAGGCUGGUGGACGAGGAUUACUCUAG